AUGCCUCCUCCUCCACGAAAUGCAUCGUCGGCGUCGUUGUCGGCGGUGGCAGGGUUAGCGAAGGGUUCAAAUAAUAAUUGGCCCUCCCACCUCCGCCACUUCAGCAGGUCCAGCCACGAUCGCUCCCUCGAACAUGCGUAUUCAAACUCGCCCGGCGACACCGCCUCGAGCAACUCUACCAUUCGCGAGCGCCCCUCGUCCCGCCUGUCGUCCCGGUUGCGCUCUGAGCGGCGAUGGACCGUCACUGUCAACGAGUCGCUCGCUCGCGACGAGGUGCUGCUCAACUUGGACCAGAUUGGCGAUGAUAUCAAGCCCGGCAGCCUUGUAGCCAUUGACGUGGUGAAGGCCGACUCGGAGAAACCGUCACAGAACAAGCACCAGGAUCGCAAAGAUUCGACCACUGCCGGUUGCGGAGAGAGGCGCUACAUCUGUGUCGCCAAAGACAUGCCGAAGGAACUAAAGGCGCGGUACGCUACCGUAGAGGUUUACGUCGCCAAACACGUCGCCGAUGCCUUUGCCAUGAGGAAGGGCACCCAAGUCACCCUCACACCAAUCGACGAGAACAACCCAGCCCUCGAGGCGUCUCACGUUGAGCUGUGCUUCAAAGACCAGUAUCUGUCGAGAGCUGAUAUGUGGAGGAUGGCUGUCGGAGAGCUGGCCGAGAGGACCGUCUACAAGGGCCAGAUGGUCUUGUUCAUGGGCACCGUCAAGGCCCAGGUGACCGCCGUCUAUGUUGAUGGCCGCAAGGCCCAAUCGGCUUUCUUUGGCUGCCACACGAAACCCGUUUUUCGCAGUGAGUCCGCUCGCUAUGUGCUCUUCAUCCAGAUGGCCCGCGAGAUGUGGGACUUCGACCAGGAUGGCUCUGGUGAGAUCAUGUUCAACAAGGUUGUCAACGGGUUUCUGCCUGCUCUGUUUAAGAAAUGGGCUGCUAUGAAAGUCAAACACCUCGUUACCAUUGUCUUGUUCGCCCGCGUCGAAUACGAUACGGGCAUCUCGACCGAGAUAGCAUCUGCCUCGGCACACCAUGACUACUACACCGGCGUCCAGACCUCAGAGGAUCACCGCCCUUACAAGGACUUUUAUCGCGUUGUGGUCAGUGAGAUGGGCAGCGGAGAAUGGACUAGGAUCCUACAUCAGCUCAAACGCGAAUUCAAUUAUUUCCGCAAGGAUAUCAGCACAUACCAUCAAAAGGCCAUGGGACCAACCGCCUCAGGGGAGGACGCUGGCGACCAAGAGGUUCUGCUCAACAGAAUCAAGGCCGAGGCCUCUCGGGCCAUCCAUGGUAAUUUCCUCGAAGCCAUCAACAUGGCCUCGUCACUGUACGCCCACGAUUACAUUGACCGGGAUUUGACGAGGACUGGCGUCUCCGUCGUUGUCAUUAGUCCGAGCCCCGGCGUGUUCGACGUCGAGUAUGAUGCGUUGCGCCGGACGACUGAGGCCCUCGCUUGCAACGGCAUCGGUAUCGAAUUGAUAUGCAUACCCAAUAUUCCGCUACAUUCCGUGCCCCUUUUUCGAUAUCGAAACCCCCGCCAACCUGGCCAUGUGCAGCAGCGCAAAACCAAGGUUGAUAUCAGCCAGGGGAGCACACCAAAGCAGACGACGCUUACCUUUGGGAGCUACAGCAGCGUCGCGGGUUCCUACUCGCCGAGCAAAAGAAUGGAGGGCCCGCGAGGUGGUGAGCCAGCCGGCCCUCUCUCCUCCCAGGACGAGUGGGUGUCUGCCAUACCUCAGUGGCUCCACGUCUCAUACUGGACCGGGGCCUCGGAAGAGGAAUUAACGUACCAAGGCAUCGCCCUGUCAGUCUCGGAUUCCACACAGAAGCUAUCCAGCGAUGACUUCCCAAUCCGUUGCCGCAUGUACGAUCUGCAGAUGAGAAGUGUGAUGGAAACAAAUGAGAUCGAGACCAAGCCACUGCACACGGAUCCCUGUUACCCACUCAACGCAGUUCUCUCCAGCCAAGUCUCUAAACCGAACUUUGAUCUCGACGGCGAUGGCAAUGUCAUCGUCCAGAAUGUGCGUGUCCCGGAGACCCUGUUCGACCACGUUUUUGGCUUUCAGAAGUUUGCCCCGGAUAGACACAGUAAGCCGGGGGAGAAAUCGAUAUGGAAGCAGCUGCAGGAGUACGAUGACUGCAGAGCGCGUUUGCCCUCGCACAGAAGUGCCAACCAACCGAGACGUUGCCGUGAUCAUGAGGAGACCCCAAGACGGCAAGUCUUGGAGGACACGAGCCCGCUGGGGACAUCCUUUACAGAUCGCCGACCCUCGACAGCCGGCCAGCAGGCACUCCCCGAGCUUUCUCCUUAUCACCGUCCAACGUCUCAGAGGCUGGAGAUCCCACCAGCCAACCGCAAGAGCAUGAGCGCGCAAUCCAACAAGCCCGAACCCAAGACAUCGUCGUCGCCUCUCAAGACCCCUAAAUUCAUGCGUCACAUUAGCCUGGUGGCCACGGCAGAGGUGAGCAUGGAAAGCGCCGGCGCUUCGAAGACCUUGACCCCGUCUCGCAGUUCACAGGAUCUACGGAUAACGCCGUCAAAACCGGGCCAGCGGCCGUCGUCGUCUCGUAGGCUGACCGGAGGAACACCCACAUCCGCACUUUCGCAGCCAUUCCCCACAGACUCAGCGAGCCGGCCCAUCGUCAUCAGAAACCAACAACUCGAGCCCGCUCCUAACAUGUCUGGCUCCUCCAUCCUUGCCACAACACUUCGGCCGGAGCCUGUCGGCCAUGACCGCGACUUCCGGUAUUCGAACGCCAUCAGGGCGGAGGACGCCAAGAAGCUCUACAACUCCAAGUUGCUUGCCGGCGCCAUCCCAGAACUGCCCUCUACGCUAUCCCCGAAGACGGCUCUUUCGCCCUGGUUGACGGUGCUCAACCCGUCGAACCCGGAUACCAACGACGUGGACAUGGCCAUGCUCUACAGCCGUUGGCAACACGUAUUUCCCAGGCCUCAGGAAAUGAGAAUCAUGAAAUGGAAAGGCCUGUGCUCGCCGGCCGCCUUCGAGGCCCAAUACGAGCGCCAGCCUUACAACGUAUCUCAAGACUUUGACGAAGAGCUUCAGGAAGAGCCCAAGUCACGAGAUGAACUUCUGCGUGAACUGAUCCAGGUCAAGGUGGCCGAUAUCUUCUCGCGGAAUCACAUGAUGGAGGACGGUAUUAGCAUUUUCAUGUCCGUCGAGGUGAAUAUCUUUGUCCGAAAGCCGACCGACCCCUUUGGGUCGUCCUACAGCUCGCCGCCGCUGUACAAGCCGGCCAUUCGGACUCUGCUGGAUGGCGGUUAUAUGACGAGCGAGAACUGGAACUACAUUGACGCGUUUAUCGCCGGCCACAACGACGAGCUGACGGAGCAUCUUCGGUUCUGGCGGGCUCGCUUUGUCUUGAUACCAAUGACGGGACGUCAAAUCCGGAUUGAGGGUAUCAGGAAGCUAGCUCAGAUGUGGCAGAAGCAUCGCUAUGUUCCUCCUAACGAACGGCGGCUCCAGGGUUCUGACAUUGUCUACAAAACAGAGGACGCUUCCGUCGUAAUUGCAGCCGAGUUGGAGACGCUGCCUCUCUUGGAGGGGCUCGACCGCAAAGGACAACUUGUGAGGAGCCGGGAGCCGUUCUCCAAGAAAAACCUCAACCUCGCGGCGCUCGCCGAGGCCAUGCAGCAGCCGGUGGAGAAUGGGGGUGUCCGGAUGCAGAACCGCAGGUGGCAUUUCAGGCUGCACUACAACUGCUUCAUCGGCUCGGAUAUGACAAAUCGUGAAGAGGCCGAGGCCCUCGGCAAGCGGCUCAUGGUUCCGGACGACAAGGAAAAGGAGGGGAAGAAGGACAACGGGCUGGAUGGGCAGUACUUCUACCAGAUCAGCAACGAGUUUGCCAAACCACAUCCGCCCGGCUGGUUCAACGCCAAGCGGAGCCAGGGGUCGGUGCCGUCGACGCCGAUGGGGGAGCAGCCGCCGCGAGACGGGCGACCAAGCUUCUCCCGGCCGACGUCAAUUCACGAGGAGGACUCGCCAGAAUCGGGCGGGAAGAAGCCAAAGGUGGUGCUGAGUAGGCGAUCAUACCGACCCGAACUGGUGGAGCUGCACUACGACAGGUUACACAACCCAGACAACUGCUACCAUAUCCGCAUCGACUGGAUGAACGUGACGGCGAAGCUUGUAGAGGAUGUCAUCGAGAACUGGGCGCGCGAAGCCGGACAGUACGGCCUCCGGCUCGUCGAGGUGCCCAUCGCCGAGGCAAGUGCCAUCAGCGAAAUCAACCCGUUCCGGCGGCCGUACAUGAUCAAGCUUGCGGUGUCGCCUCCCGACCAGUCACCGGCGCACCCAGGGCGACAGUUCUACCAGAAAGCCAUCCUCCGCCGAUUUGACUUUGUGCUCGACAUGGAGGCGGCGUCCAACUUCCCCAGCAACGUCGACGUGAACUACUCGUGGGGCAGGCCGGACUUCCGAUACACGCAAUACAUCCACCGGUCGGGGUCCAUCCUCGCCGAGAUCACCGACGACGGCCAUUUCCUGCUCCUCGCCAACCGGCUCUACAGCAGUCGCGCAUUCGCGGCACGGGAGCGGGAAAUGCAGAAGGAGCUCCGCGUCGAGCGGCAAGAGCAGCAGGGGCCCGCGAUAGGCACACCGGGCCUCGGCGGCUCAAUCCGCGUCAUCACACCGGGAUCGUACACUCCUUACGGCAUAUCAACCGGCUCCCCAGCCCUGCGACCAACCACCACCACCAGCACCAACACCAACACCACGAACUCCUCCCUCCUCUCCCCCGUCGUCCGCCCCGCCCUCUCCGCACCAACCACCACCACAUCAAGCACCAGCGCCUCCGGCACGCCGGGGGCGCAGAACCAAACCCCGAACCAGAACCAGGCAGCAGGUCCCGGCAAACCCCCGUCGUCAUCCACCACCACCACCACGGCAGCAGGCGCCUGCGCCAACGCCUGCAUCGGCGGCGGCGGCGGUGGCGGUGGCGGCGGUGGCGGUGGCGGCGGUGGCGGUGGUGGCGGCCCCGGGUCGGGCUGGUCGACGUGGACGACGCGCGAGCCCGAGUGGAUCAAGGAGGAGCUCGAGAGCUUCUGCCUCGACGCGCAGGCGCUGGAGGCGUUUUACCGCGAGCUGAAGACGGCGGCGCCGGCGUCGACGAGCGCGGGGGGGGCGGCGAUGACGCCUGCUUUUGGGGCGGCGAUGACGCCUGCUUUUGGGGCGGCGAUGACGCCUGCUUUUGGGGCGGCUACAAGCAUUCUUGGCAAAGGCUUGAUUCCUCUCGGGCGCCGAUCCCUGCUUGGCAUCGCUCCUUCUCCAUCGUGA